AUGAACAGCAUGGCGGCAAAUGAGAAAUCGUUGCAUAGUAGAAAAGAAUCAUUAAUAUUAGAACUCUACAAAGUAGAGGCUGUAAAGUUUGGAAAUUUUAAGUUGAAAAGUGGCAUUGAUUCUCCAGUGUAUUUUGAUUUGCGCGUCAUCGUGUCUUAUCCCACUCUUUUGAAUGAAGUAGCUGAAAUGACAUGGGAGAUUGCUAGAUCAGCUGACUGUCAUUUUGACUCUGUUUGUGGAGUACCGUACACAGCGCUUCCAAUAGCAACAUGCUUCUCUGUUCACCACAAUGUGCCAAUGUUGAUUCGCAGAAAGGAGGCAAAAGAUUACGGUACGAAGAAGAUGGUGGAAGGCCAUUACAAAGAAGGAGAAAACUGUCUGAUUGUAGAGGACGUGGUCACAAGUGGCGGAUCUGUAAUGGAAACUGUUCAGACGCUUCAGUCAAUAUCAGUAAAUGUCACUGAUGCUAUAGUUUUGCUGGAUAGGGAGCAAGGUGGAAAAACAGCCCUGAGGAAAAAAGGCAUUACACUUCAUAGUGUUUGUACUUUGACAACAGUACUAGAAGUGCUGGAAUCCCACAGCAAGUUAGAUAAAAACAUUGUGGAGAGGACAAGAAAAUUUAUCCAGGAGAACAGAUUUGAUGUGGAUACUUCAACAAAUGGCCCAGAGAAAAAUGUACUGGAUCCAAAUAAAAAAACAAAAUUUACAGUCUUUAGUUACGCAGACAAAAUGAAGAUUUGCAAAAAUGCUGUUGUCCGUGGUUUGUAUGAAAUAAUGGACAAAAAGAAAACAAACCUGGCUAUUUCUGUUGACCUUACUAACUCAGAGGAAAUAUUAAAGUUGUUAGAUGCUGUUGGACCUUAUAUAUGUAUAGCAAAGACUCAUGUGGAUAUCAUCACAGAUUUUUCUGAGAAUUUCAUCAAGUCACUGACAGAUCUGGCCGUAAAGCAUCAUUUCCUUCUGUUUGAGGACAGAAAGUUUGCAGACAUUGGGAAUACUGUAAAACAUCAGUAUGAGAGAGGAAUAUACAAGAUCAGUUCCUGGGCAGACAUUGUCAACUGUCAUCCUGUCCCCGGGGAGGGGGUCAUACAAGGUCUCAAGGAGGUUGGUCUUCCACUAAACAGAGGUUGUUUGUUAAUAGCAGAAAUGAGCUCUAGUGGUAGUUUAGCAAAAGAUGAAUACACGAAAGCUGUUGUCAGUAUGGCAGAGAGACACAAGGACUUUGUUGUGGGAUUCAUCUGUCAAUCAAAAUUGACCUCUGACCCUGACCUCAUCCACAUGAUGCCAGGUGUGCAACUGAAUGCAAAGGGAGACAACUUGGGACAGCAAUAUACAUCUCCAGAGGAUGCAGUUAAGUCACAUGGUGCUGAUGUUAUCAUAGUUGGGCGUGGCAUCACCAAGUCAACAGAUCCUGUUGCUAUGGCAAUACAGUAUCAAACAGCGGGAUACAGGGCCUAUCAAGAGCUAUUACAGUGAACUUUAAGUUUAAAGUGACUGAACUGUUAUAUAAUUAUAUUUGUUUGUGCCAAGCAUAACCAGAUUUUCUAAAAAUAUUGGUAAUAUUUGAUGGUUUAAAAGGAGAUAUUUCAUUAUUGCAGAGAGUCUUGCAACUUACAUGUAUGAGUUCAUUUAAAAAUGUGUUCAAAAUUUGUCAAUAUCUGUAAACUUUAUCAUGUUAAUCUGUCUAUUCCUCUAUUGUAAGUAUUUUCAUCCCAAAAUAUGAUUCUUAGAAUCAAUAUUACCUACUUUAUAGUAGUGGUUCAGGUGGAGAAACUUAAAUAUGAAUAAAUAGAUUUAAAACA